AUGAACAGCACGAGGAAAAAAGAUGACAGUGAUGAUAAUGAGCAUUUGACGUUAUCAGCCACAGCAUUAGCAGCUCUGCAGGAGUUUGCGAUUGAGCAAGGGAUUUCCGUGGGCAAUGAUUCAUCAGAUAUGCGUCUGGAUAUUCAGAAGGCGUUGGAUAUUGAGCCUAAGGAAGAUUCAUUUGAGUUUCAAUUCGGCAAGUCUGCAGAUGGACACAAAGGUGAAGCAGCGAUUACGAUUCGUCUCAAUGGAUUGCGACGGGAUAUUGGACAGACCCUGCAAUCUACAGGACUUACGCUCUGGCGUGCUGGAGAUUUCUUGAGCGAUUACAUGUACCAGAACCGUAGCCGAUUUGCUCAUAAAUCGAUAAUUGAACUGGGUAGCGGACUUGGACUGAUUGGUAUCUUGGCAUCCUAUCUCACUGAAGAAAACGUGGUAGUAACAGAUGGUGAUGAGGAUACGAUGGAGCUAUUAGCUGCAAAUAUCAAGCUCAAUGACGUGAAGGACAAGGUGCAAUGCAGGAAACUACUUUGGGGCAUCGACUUGGAUCAAAUUGAAGACAAGUUUGACAUUGUUCUAGGAGCUGAUAUCAUUUACGAACAGGAACAUGUUGUAUCACUGUUUGAAACAGUCAAAUACUUGCUAAAACCUGGUCGUCAAAGUGUAGAGGGUACUGACAAGGCCAUAUCGGAGUUUCUGCUAGCGUACACGAAGCGAAACGUAUCAAUUGAUUACGUUCUAGAUACUGCAAAGAAUUUUGGCUUUGAGUGGGAAGAACCAACAACUGAUGAAGGCAUCUACACGUUUAGAUUAGUGUAA